AUGGCGAGCCAGGAUAAGAAAAAAUCCAAGAAGAAUGGAGCCAAAGGCGAUAAUGGCCCUGUGAUCACGGAUCCUCGUUUUGCGAACAUCCAAUCGGAUCCACGUUAUCGCCUCCCCAGCAAACGACAAACCCGUGUCAAACUCGACAAGCGCUUUGCGCACAUGCUCGAUGAUAAGGAUUUCUCUCGAAACGCUGCCGUCGAUCGAUAUGGACGCAAAUUGGCGAAAGAUGACACAAAGAAGCAAUUGAAGAAAUUUUAUCGACUUGAAGAUGACGACGAGGAUGACGAGGAUGAGGACGAUGACAAAAUCAGCGUUGACGACGAUGACGAGGUGCAAAAAGAGCUGAAGCGCGUGGAGGAGCGUCCCUAUGAUCCUGCCCGGGAUGGCGGUUUCACAGAUUCAUCCUCUGAAGAGAGCUCCAGCGAUGACGAAGAUGAGUCCGAGGCGGAAAAUGAGGAGGAAGAGGUUGAUUUCCCUGAUAAGCAGCAGGUCAACGUCCCUCUCGGAGAAGUCACCAACCGCAUCGCUGUUGUCAACUUGGAUUGGGAUAAUAUUCGUGCCGAGGACUUGAUGGCAUGUUUCUCCAGCUUUUUGCCGGCAGGUGGCCGUGUGCUCAAUGUCACAGUAUACCCUAGUGAAUUUGGCAAAGAGCGCAUGGAAAAAGAAGAGAUUGAAGGGCCACCACGAGAGAUUUUUGCGGCUACAACUGGAGCCGAAGAAGAGGCAAUGGAAAGCGAUCUUGACUCUGAGGAAGAAGAGGAAGAGAUCAAGAAAUCCCUGCUGAAGGCCGACACUGGUGAAGAGUUCAAUUCGACGAAACUACGACAAUACCAGCUGGAGCGACUCCGGUACUUCUACGCUAUUCUUACAUUCUCAACAAAGGAAUGUGCCAAGCACGUGUACGACCUCGUGGAUGGUGCUGAAUAUUUGUCCAGCGCCAACUUCUUUGACCUCCGCUUCGUCCCUGAUGACACCGAUUUCACAGACGACAAGCCGCGCGAUUCAUGUUCCCGGAUUCCAGAUGGGUACAAGCCGAACGAGUUUGUUACAGACGCUCUACAGCACAGCAAGGUCAAGCUGACCUGGGAUGCGGACGACAAGUCACGUAAAGAGGCUCAGGCCCGCGCGUUCCGCGGUUCCCGGAAAGAGAUCGAGGAGAACGACCUCAAGGCAUACCUCGGAAGUGAUAGCUCCGACAGUGAAGACGAUGAAGAUGGUGGUGUGGAGGUGGUUGACAACACAGCAAAUGAAGGCACCAGCGUCAAGAUUUCAAAGAAGGAAGCCGAGAAGCAACGCAUGCGAGCUCUACUUGGCUUGAGCACUGAGCCUAUCCCAAGCUCGAAAUCAUCCGGCCCCGUCGGUGAGAUGGAGGUUACGUUCACUUCCGGACUUGCGGGUGGCCACGGCAAAGACGGUGGCAUCUUCGAAAAUGAACCCCAAAUUGAAGAAACCGCCCUUGAGCGUUACGUACGGAAAGAGCGUGAACGCAAGAAGCGUCGCAAGGAGCGACGGAAGGCUGAGAAAAUGGGUGAAAGCACAGAAGGGAAUGAGGCCGAGGCUGCUUCAAACGCUGAAGAUGAACCUGCUCCCGUGGGCGGAGCGGAUGAAGAUCUGGGCUUCAACGACCCCUUCUUUGAUGAUCCUAGCGGCAAGUCUACAUCUGCAGCUCGUCGCAAGGAGGAGAAACGCAAGAAGCGAGAGGAACGUGCUGCAGAGGAAGCUGCUUCUGCUGCCCAACGUGCCGAGCUGGAGCUGCUGAUGUUGGAUGAUGAAAAAGCUAAGAUCCGACACUUUGAUAUGAAUGAGAUUGAGAAGGCAGAGAAGCAAGCCCGCCGGAAGGGCAAGGGUAAGGCCAAGGGCAAGCAUAAGGAGGUCGCCGUUCAUGAUGACUUCAACGUGAACGUCAACGAUCCCCGGUUCUCUCGUUUGUUCGAGAGCCACGAAUUUGCCAUCGACCCAACCAACCCCCGCUUCAAGGCAACGUCCGGCAUGAAGGCUCUGCUCGACGAGGGUCGUAAGCGGCGACAUGCAGGAGAUGACGGUGAACCUGAAGUGCCCAAGGACAGUCGGGAUCGAGGGAAGAAGCAAAAGAAAUCCUCCACCGACUCCGGGCUAGACGACCUGAAACAAUUGGCCGACAAGGUCAAGCGACGAUCCAAGGCGUGA